UUCUAUAGACGAGUCAUGUUUUAUAUGCAAAGAAUAUGUAUGUUCAUAUUUGUAUAUACAAAGCGAAGUGAGAUUUGUGUGCGCAUUCAUAUGAAUAUAAAUUACAAUGCUAAUAAAAGAAUAAUAUUAUUGAUUACAAAGUAUAAUUACAAUACACCUGCAUACGUUCACGAUUGAUUCAAACGCAACGCAGUGCGCCACCUAGUAUUAUUGUUGUUAAAGAGUGUACAGGUAGAUGGUAAAUAAUGCCAGCUCACCUGGCAGGUACAAAAGAAACAUUAAAACGAAGAAACGCCCCCCUUUAGUAUCUUAUCAGUGUACAAGUAGUCAUAAGUCAGUACACAUUAUACCAUGUAACAAUCAGCGUAUUCAAAGUACAGGUCCAAUAAUUAAUAAUAAAAAUGGGCUCCAAUAUAAAAGAAACGAAGGUAGAAAUUGGACAAGGGGACUCCGUUGCUCCUGUUGCACAACCAUCGCCAAGUAAGGCAUGGGUCCACUUCGAGGAGGAAUCAGGUCCUGGAAAAAGUGCGCAAGCAGCGGUUAUAACAACGGAAAGUGUGCAAGUUAACUUGGAGAGAAGUGUAAAUUCAACUGGACAGGAUAACAACGCUCCUGCAAUAUUGGACCCUAAAAAUUUACGAAAUGUCGAGUUACCAACCAGCGGAGAGACAAUCAGACAGGGAUUUAAUAAUGGCGAUAUUAUAGUUACCCUAUUACCAGUGAAUACAAGAUUCCCAUGGGUUACACCAGCUCAAUUCCGUCCAGAAUUAGUACCUGAAGAAUUAAUGGCACAAGGAUUAACACUCACUGUUGAAGAGUAUGUACAAACAAUGGAAUUGUUAGUGAACGAUUAUAGGUUCACUAUGUACAAUAUCUGCUACAAAAGAGUGCUUGUUGUGUGGAUAACAUUGGCGUUCUGCGUGCUUCUGAGUUUAUUGUUUUCCGGUCUGACGGGCUUAACUUUAUUUGGGCUUGGCAUCGGAUGGUUAAUAUUAAACGCGGCCGCAAUUUUCUUUUCUAUGUGGAUCAAAUUCAAAUUAGCUAGAAACUUAGAAAGAUGUCUCGCGCAUGUAAAUAAGCAAUUGCUGAGGCACAAGAUCGUCUUGGCUCUUGACGACCGAGGAAAAAUUUCAUGUCACAAAGUAACUUUGUGCUUCAUUUACUUGGAUCCUGCACAGUGCAUAGACCGUUUGCAAACUAGCGUAGAGCAGCAGGAAAGAGACUCGAAUGGGUGGGAGCAAAGAAUGGACAUCAGCGCUCAUGAUAUUGUUAUACAGGGUAGCAGAACUACGAGAUUAUCCAGAAAACAGGGUCGGGCUGAACAGGUAUUCACGCGGUACUUGCAAAGAUGGGGUAAAGAUUUCUUACGUCGAAGAUUAGACUGGACAUUAGAUGAAGCCAUGGGCAAUCCUUCCAAUCCAAGACACAUUACCACUUCUCUAUGUCCUUGUCAGUACAUUGAAGAUCUAUUGGCGAACAAACCUCCCCGCACAGACAUAAGAGACUGCUGUCCUUGUUUAUCCUCAAUUCUGGCACGUCGUGGCAUUGACUAAAAAUAAAAUAUUUAACAUAAUAGAAAGAGCGACGCUCUUGUAUCUGCGUUAUGCUUCUAGAUGGGGGAAAGAUAGAGUUAGAGGGUAUUUAGCUAGUCCACCUGCAAAGGGCGG